AUGGCGGUCGUUGAUACCCCCGAAUUGGCGCGGGGAUACACCGCUGUGAGCAAUACACAAUUUGACGCGGGCUUGUUCCUGCUUCAAAGACUGAAGGUCGUCCCUGGCCAUCACGUUCUCGACGUUGGCUGUGGACCGGGGAAUAUCUCCGCCCACAUCGCCGCAAUCGUGGGGGAGGAUGGGACCGUCGUCGGGAUUGACCCGAGCAGAGAACGCAUCGGGCUCGCACUCGAGCUGGUGAAAGCGGCCCCUAAUCUGUCGUUCCACGUCGGAAGAGCCGAGGACCUCUCGCGCUUCCCCUCCGCCAGCUUCGACGUCGUCUUUGUCAACUCGACCUUUCACUGGGUCCGGGAUCAGCCGGCGGCGCUGGCGGAAUUCGCUCGCGUGCUGAAGGCGGGAGGUCGCGUUGGCAUUUCAGGAGGGAGCGGGGACUUCGUGGCGGCGCACGAAAGGAUCAAGGAGGACGUGCUGGCGAGAGAGCCGUACCGGAAUUAUCCAGAUGUGGGCGGCCCUAGAUUCGUCAAGCGGGCGCAUCUCGAAGGUCUCCUCCAGAUCGCUGGGUUCUCGGAGCGAGAUAUCGUGAUCAACACGAUCAUCAAGUCGGCCAAGGACGGAGACGCGAUGAUUGAAUGGCUGGAUACCUCUUCGUCUGGGGCAACUUAUGGAGGCAUCCCUGUGGACCUCCGACCAAAGGCGAGAGAGGAAAUGAAGCAGGAGUGGGCGAAGAUCACAACAGAAGAGGGUAUUCAGAUGCCGAUGGAACUAUUGUUCACCAGCUAUGCGCCUCCUCUCCCAUGGGAGCCUCUUCGACAAAUUCGCUGGCUCUAUGGUUUUGUGGUUGGUGUGGACGGAAAGCAGCGAGCGGAUAAUUAG